AUGGCCCCUACCAAGCAAAAAAUCCACAAGUCUACCGGCGGCAAGGUUCCUCUGAAGCAACUGGCGACGAAGGCUGCUCGUAAGUCUGUUCCGGCAAUCGACGGAAUGACGAAGCCCCACAAUUUUAGGUUGGAACCUGAGGCUCUUCAAUUAGUGUCUUGUCUAGUACCUUCGAAUCACGACGCCCUUCACCGCCUGAACCACGCACCACCACAGCUAGCCCUCGCCCCUAAAACCACCGUACCCACCAUUAGUCGUCACACACAACCCCUCUUCUCUUGA